AUGGCUCCCGAACGUGGUUUCCUCGUGCCUGAGCACUUCAAGGAACAGCCGCCAACCGAAGCUGAUAUGAAUUUCGCCUCCAUUAUCUGGGGAUUGUCUCUGGGUGUCACUAUCUUCAACUGUGGAAAAGCCGUUCGCCAAACGAAAUCGACGCUCGACAGACGCCACCGGCUGACCAUGUACAUCACCUUCAUCUGGCUCGAGGUCAUCUCCAGUACCGUUCUUGGAAUCAUAGUCUGGCUAUAUCUCGACCAAAUCAUCAAACCGAGCUUCGAGUAUUACUUCUCCAUCAUCGUCUUUUGGUCAAUCCAAGUCCAGUGUCUGAUUCAAAUCAUCAUCAACCGUGUCAGUCUGCUUAUGGUCGUCCGCCGCAAUGGAACGAUACUCAAGUGGUCAUGUUUCGGAAUUCUCCUGGCCAUCAACAUCAGCGUUUUCUGUGUUUGGAUCCCGGCGCGCCUCCAGAUCAAUGAAACUUACAUCCAUGUCAACAAUAUUUGGGAUCGUAUGGAAAAGGUCCUCUUCGCCAUCAUGGACGCAGCCCUCAAUUUCUACUUUAUCUGGGUUGUGAAGAAGCGUCUUGUUGCAAAUGGUCUGCAAAAGUAUACCCGCUUGUAUCAUAUGAACAUGUUCCUCGUCGGAAUCUCCAUCGCUUUGGAUAUUCUCCUCAUUGGAAUGAUGUCUCUACCAAACAGUUUUGUCUACGUUCAAUUCCACCCUCUGGUAUACCUCUGCAAGCUUCACAUCGAGAUGAACAUGGCCGACCUUAUCGGAAAGGUUGUCCGAGCCGGCAACAACCAGGCCGACGGACCUCACGACUACAGCUCCCGGUCUCGAACAACUAUUAAGACUGGAACUCGACCCGGGCAAGGAAGAUUCGGAGGCGCCCUGACGAGAACACACAUCGAGCUUGGCGACGAGGACGAAAUCGAACUCAAGGGCCGGGAGAACCUCGAAGGCAUCAAAAAGACCGUUGUUACACAUGUUGUCCGAUCACCAAACAGCGAUCUUGAAGACGAAAUAACCGAACAUCACGAAAGAGCAGUCAGCGAGGCUAGCUCUAGCAACACCCACGACGAACCCUACAGCCUCGAGCAUUCGAAAUAA